AUGCGCUUGGUAGCGUUUGCUCUGUGCGUGCAGAGCCUACUGCAGAUUCUGCCGUUGGCUCUCGCCAAACCAGACUUUGGCAUCAUCCUACCGAUUACAAGCAGUGGAAAGGUGUCGUUGGCCGCCCUAGCAGCUCAAACCGUACUGGAAGCCGUAGACGACAAUACACCCUACACCGUGCAGGCAAAUUUUAAAGGAACGCAAGAUCUGGCCAAUGCGGUGGUUAAUAUUGCGUCGGUCACGGUGACUGUGGGCUCCGAGAUUGUGCCACUCGUGACUAGCCUCGUGUCUGAUGUGUCCGGCAAUGUGGACACUGUGUUCAGCACGGUGCUUACGAAGAUAGCGGAGGUGAAAAGUAAAAUCGGUACGCAGCUCCCGUUAGCGAUAGGAGCGAUCAAAACAGUCUUUAAAACUCAGUACAGCAGCGAAGGUCUCGACUACAUACCCAAGAUGCUGAUCGAUGGUUUCAAUCGGAUCGUGCUAGGAUUGGAUGAUCUUACCACAACAUUGAACGCACUGAAGAAGGCCAUCGAAAAUGCUGUUGCUGCGGCUGGUACUGAACCACUGACCGAUCUGUUUGUGAAGAAAAACGUCAAGCCAGCAUUUCUGUAUAACGUCGUGUUUGCCAUCAACCAGCUGAAGGCUUACCUGCCGGUAAUUAAGUACACGAUCGACAGUACGCUCGAGAACAUUAAUCUGGCCGACAAAUACCUGCUGCUGGUUGGUCAAGCAGUCCAGCAAUCGGCUGCUACUACUACGCAAUCUAUCAAUUCGGUCAAAAUCGUUACGGAUGCGAUAGCGGAACAGGUGAAAACUAACCUCAACGGGUACUCCAUGGACUUUGGCGUUGUAAAGACUCAUAUUGGCGGGCUCGCGCAGCUAGCAGGCUCGACGAACAUUGGCAAAGUGAACGAUGCAUUGGCCAGCUACACUACAACGUUUGGAAAGCUCAGCACCGUUCGCUACCCGGCGAUGGACAAACAGCUCUCAGAUCUGAUCGAUGCGAUGUCCAAAGCUCUCGGCAAAGGCACGACACCCGGCCAGAUAUCGUCGGAUCUGCUCGACAGUCUUAUACUCACCGUGAUUGAGAAUGGCAAAUACGCACAGUUCUGCUUCAACAAGUACUUCGGACUGGUGUUUGGUUUCCUAACCACACUCGGGGACAGUGCAGGAUUGUGUUUUGAUAAAGAAAUCCCACGCCUAACGACGCUGCAAAAUACGUUGCUAACAAUAUGGCAACUGCUUGUCGCCGACUAUGAAGAACUCGUUUAUGAGCUAAGCGUUUGUGAUUCCUUGACCGCUCCCGGCAAGCUGGAUGAGUGUGCUCUGGCGUUAUCCGGGUUCUACGCCGCCCUUGCCACCGAGUUCGAGAAUUUGAUGCAAUCCCUGUUCGAGGUGAUCGAAUCGGAAGCGGUAGCAAGCACGAAUCGGUUCCUUAUCUGCAUCGAGCUGGUGAAAAUAAAUCUGGUAGAGAUGAGCGAAACCACCCUGACGAACGAUAUCCGAAGCUGUGCCAAGGAUGGUCCUACGGCAGAUGACUAA